GGUGCUGCCACCUAACCUAACCUGCAAUAUUGUCAGAUAUUUUCACCGAUUGUGUAUUUGCGGUUUACUAGCGUUAUUUAUUGUUUUACGAAUAUAUCUACCAACAUGGAUUUAAACAAAGGCAAACGAGCACGCGGAAGCAAUUUCACCAAGGAGGAGGAACUGCUGCUGGUUCGUAGUGUCUCGAAACUUCAAGACAUUAUAGAAUCAAAAGUUACGGAUAAAGUAAAUAAUCAAGAGAAGAAUGAGGCUUGGCAAAAGGUUAGAGAGUAUUUUUGUGCCAGUAACAAUACACUCCGAUCUGUUGAGCAACUAAAAACAAAAUAUGAGAACCUCAAAGCGAAAGCGAGGAAAGUGGUAGCGCAACAAAGGAGUUUCAUUACUGGCACAGGUGGUGGACCAGGGAAGGUAGAACCUCUAGACCCAGUCCUAGAGGCAAUUCUAGAGAUAAUUAAUAAAAAGACUGUUGUUGGGCUGCAUUCUCCAUGGGACAGUGAUAGUCAAAUAACUGUAAGUAUUUAUAGCAUUAUGGUUUAUAAGGUGAAUGCUAGAUGCUUGAUUAAUUACCGUGAUUCACAGAUAUUUAUCAUAUAACUUGAUAUUCAUUGGAUGUUAAGACUAGCAUAUUAGUUGAUAUCAAUAUUUAUGAUAGGCUUUCUAGAUCUCCUAAUCCAGCAAUGAAUAAUAUCUGUACUAUGUCAGUACAUAUUGCGACAGCAUACCUGUAUGAUAUUGUACAUUUCUGGCUCAUUGCUCAACAUAUCAACCACAUCCAUUAUUUUUAAUUGUUUUCCGAUAUAAUUCUGUGUUGUGAUUCCUUUCACUCUUAAAUAUUUUAUUUCUGAUGCUCGCAUUAUCCACUUUUCACAUCCAUACAUACAGC